AUGGGCCUCGUACACCCAAUACACAUCAUCGCGACGAUCAACGGGCGGCGCCGCUGCAUAGCCUGCAUUCAGAUACCGAGAGCCGAACCCAGCUGGUCAACGCUUUGUGUGGUUAGUAGAGUUCUGACCUUGCUUAAGAAGAAUCCGAGAUAUGUCGCCCUCGACUUGGCCUACGCAGAGAACAUCUCCGACGAGGAAUGGGAGCGGAAUCCGGACGAGGAAUACUGGGCUGCCGAAAAGGAGCGUCGGCCCCUUCCCACGCGUUGGCGUCAUGUCCAAGAACGACUGCUGAACGAAAAGAUACGCAAGCUCGAGAAGGAGUGCGUCGAGGCCCACACACCCCGGUUCCCAUUCAUCCAAACGUGUCUGUACUUGGGUGCCUCCACGACAAGCUGGGAUUCUUCGUUCCUGCAUCAGCUCUGCACGCGGCGGUGGAACGCGGCCCCCGACUGGGGCGGCAAGUACAUGUGGAAGCCCGGAUGUACCAUCAUCGAUAUCACCGACCACUCCUACGCCAUGAUUCUGCCCGCUCAAAACUCGUGCGGGGGGAAAAAAGCGUUAUACCGCACCCUCAGGCUUCAGCCGCUGGACGGGCACCACUGGCUUAAGGCCUUAGACCUGACGAACAGAGGAGACCGCGACGGAGGUCGUGUGUAUAUCGAAGGGGAGUACGAGCCUGCCCCGGUGACGUCAAUCGACGCGAUCCACGAGGUGUGGCCCAAGUUUCCACCACCGCCGCCAUCAGUCGAUUCAGACAACGACGACUCGGGCGUUGACACGGACGCAACCGACUACGACGACGUCGCCGAGACCAAGAAGAAGAAUCGGCAGGUAGCAGAGGAAAAAGCAUCUGCGUUGAAGAAGACAGAGGCCCAGACAGAAGGAUCGCCUGAAGUUCCUGAACCAGAGACAAAGCAACAGACUGCAUCAACGUCAGGGAAGCGCCAGAGGGGUGCGGAGCCGAACGAGGACGAGCAGCGCGUUUGGAACCUCAUAGAGCACCUGCUGGUUUCCUAUUCCCCACAGACUCUGGGCAACCUAAAGCGGCAGCACAAGAAUUAUCGGCCUCUCCUCAAGUGCUUCAUGGACAAGCAUCCAGAGCACUUCGCCCCCAAGCACCCGGGAGCCGUACCGCUGAUCCUGGCCGCCUUCAUAUUCGCCAAAACGGGCAUCAAAGACCUUGACCUACACCAGUUCCGGGACUUAUCCGGCAAGCAGGUGGUCGAGCUUGUGAAAGGCGCCCUCGCCCAUAACGCAGCUGUGUACAAAAUAGCGCCCAAGGACCUCCGGGUACUCGACAUCUCCUUUAACCGGCUGCUCGGGAAGGACGACAUCGUCGCCAUCGUCGCGGAAACGACGCUCGAUGAGCUCAUCAUCUGGCACAAUCCGGGCCUGUCCCGGGAGGAUGUCGCCCAGGCUUCAAAGGGCCGCAUUGCCAAGGUCACAACCCGCGCUGGCUUUCUCACGCCUCUGGAGACGUUUGCCGAGCAGGACAACCAUACCCAUCGUUCCCAAAAGAGCCUGCACCCGUACAAGCCCGCGCCGCCCAUUGUAUCGCCGUGGCCAGUCAGGAUCCGCCAGGUAAUGUGGAUGAUGCUCGGGACCACAGAGGUAGACCCUUUAGCUCCGCAACCAGAUUUGGCCGGCCAGUUGUCGAUCCCUGCGGGAAAGCUGAGCCUCGAGGCCGUCGACCUCGACACACUGGCCGUGAUGCUACACCCUUGCUGCUACAGCACGAUCGGUGGGAUCCACGACUAUGACGACGGGAACAAAGCCCAUGCCCAGGUUGUCGCGCUGCCGUACCACGACGCUGCCUGGGGGUCCCUCGCCGAGUUCUACACGUCGAUCGCGCGCUUCGAGAGGUUCAUGUCCGACAGAUCCUUCAUCGAUCAUGGGUACGACGGUAUAUCGGAGCGGUGGACGCUGGCCUUCGCACUGCUGAUGGCCACGGGGAGCGAACAGUCCAAAAAUAUCGUGACCGGGCCCCUCCCGCCCGAGGCCUUCAGCCUCGCCACGCGGGAGCUGAUGGGCGGUAAGAUCACGGAAAUGCACUCACUGCCCAUGCGCGGGCCCUACCCUAUCGUACACGGAGAGCACACGCUCGUGUUCCUGCGAGAGCCGGACCACGGUCGCCUACGGGUUGGCAUGGCGACGCUUACCGAGGAGGGGGAGCUCAUUGUGCUGGAUCCCGAGGCCGUCGCCCUCGCGGCCGGCGACGAGAAGGCGGCGCUGGCGUGGCGCCGCGGCGUCGGCGCCCUGCCGCGGUGGACGGGCCCCAUAGCAGACGAGGAAGAAGGAAAAAACCCUGUUGUCGUCGUAGAGAAGAGUCAGAACAGGAGCCAAAGAAGCAUGAAGGCGCCGGACUCGCUGUCAUACCGCUACAACUGCGACACCAUGCCGCUCGGAGUGGAGGCCCUCAAGAAGAUGUUGGCCGCUACCGCGCAGCUGAAGGCGAACAAGAGGAAGAUCCAGAGGAAGAUCUGGGAGGUGAAGGAGGCGCGUGACAAGAAGAAGAAAGAGGAGGAAGAGCGCGAGAUAAUAACGAGAGGCUCGUGGUAA